UUUUUUUCUUUUUUUUUUUUUUUGAUAUGGCUAAAAGAAAAGUUAGUUGCUUACAGUGUCGAACAAAAAAAGUAAAAUGCGAUGGGGGAAAGCCAUGCAGUCGUUGCGAAAAGAGACAAAUAAAUUGUGUGUAUCAAGAGCAUAGAGCUGUUGGACGGCCACCUAAAAAUGCCGUUGUAAAUAAAUUAGCACUUUCACAAGUUGCCACAGGUGUUGAUAAUAAAUUAACAGCAAUCACAACAAAUUUAAAUACACGCUCAACCACUACUUUUUGUCGAGAAUUCAUUUUUGAAAAUGCAUCAGUUACAUCUUUAAUUCCUCCUUUGAAACAUUCCAACAGUGCAACUCAGUUCAAUCUUACUCAAUACAUAAAUAACAUCUUUUCGACCUAUUUUAUCAAUUCAACCUUGAAAAAAAGUCUUUUAGGAGAAAAUGACGAUUACCAACUCAUAACGUGCAACGAGUCUUCUUCUAAAUUUAGCAUGAGGAUUAAGAUAUUUGAUUUGACACAAAGCUUUAUUUGGUUCAGUGCUGAUAUUGCUGCUAUAUUGCUGAAACGCAUUUCAAAACUUCAUUUCCCUUUUUGUUCCAACUUGAAAUUUACAACUAUUCUUUAUAAAUAUGACCCUACCACUAGUUUUUUUGAACCCUCUUUAUACAAUUGCUACUUACAUUCAAUUAAUAAUCCGCUUAACUCAUUACCACCUCAGCAAGCUAUUAACCUAAUUGAAUGCUUUUUUUCAAUCGAUCCUUAUUCGAUCAUUGUAAACAAAACAAUACUCUUACAAUCGUAUUGGACAGAUACAGCUGAUCCAUUAUUGCUUUCAGUCAUUUAUGGUACGUCCCUAUACAAGUCACAAAUUUUAGAUGGGAAACCACUCGAGUUUUGGAAUGGACUGUAUAAAAAAGAUAGAAAUCCUUUCUUAGAGUACGCUUAUUAUUUGCUAUCAAAAAAUUCAGCUGAGGCAGCAUUAAGCAGCUAUCAAGCGAUUGUAUUAUUAGCUUUGUUUGAAGUUAAUUUUGGUUUUCCAAAAAGGGGUACAACACUUAUUGCUAUAUCCUAUUCUAUAGCAUCAAAAUUAGGAUUAUCUUUUGAUAGCAACACCACUACCCUAAGUACUAAUUUAAAUCCUGUUGAAAAAGAGUUACUUUUAGUUACUUUUUGGUCUGCUUUUGAACAUACAAUACGUGGAUCUGUUGAAUUUGAUAAAGUUCCAAGAGUAGUCACUUUUCAUCAUCAACCUUAUCCUCCACCUAAUAUCGAUUCAUCCAAGUCUUAUCAAUAUGAUAGAGAAAAUAACAAUCCAAGAACAUGUAAAAUGUAUGCUUAUAUAGUCGAGGCAUUCUACGUAAAAACAAUCAUAUCAAAAAUAACUUCUAAGCUAAUAUUGCAAAUACCGCAUAUACUAAAUACUACUACAGUCACAAAGUCAUCUUUUUCUAAACUUGAUAAGGAGGAAAGUUUUAUUGUCAUUGAAGAUGACCAAGGACAGGAUAUUACUAUUAAUAUGAUUGAAAAGAAAAUGAGGAAAGUACUUGAUGAGUUUCAAGAGUUGAUAGAAAAUAAUAGAAAAAAUAUAUCAAGCCUUCAAGCAUGUACUCUGGAGUUAUAUCAUUUAUAUUUUGGAAUAUGUCUUUUAUUCUUACGGGAUACUUUAUUGAAUCCUGAAAGGAAACGAAAGCAAGAUCCUUUUAACCUACAUGAGCAUCAUCUUCCUUCUACACUUGAUCUUACAGAUACAAAUCAUAUAUUAGCUAUAACAUCUGCUAUGCCAAAAGCUAUAGACGCAAUUGAAAAAUGUUUAUUAUUUUUAAGUGAUUCCACUAAUUAUCAAAAUCAACCUAGAUUCUUGCCAUACGGUAUCAUUUUGUAUACUCUAGAUGCUGCCUCGCAGGUACUGAUGCAUGCAUAUCAAUUGGAAAAAUCAGAAAAAAUUCAAUAUUACCUAAAAAUGGCCGAGAUAAUUUUAGAUAUGCCUUCUAUUUGGGAUAAUUGGAAGACUAUAACUAUACCAUUACAAACUACUAUCCAUUCUUUCUUGAAGGAAAACUACCCUGCAUUUACUUUUGAAAAUAUAAGUAGUAGUUAUACUUUUGAUGAGAAGUAUUUUAAUAUUCCUCCUCCUAUGAUGAUAAAUGACAUUACAAGCCAAUAUGUAGAUCCGAAAAUAACAACGACUUAUCUCAUGACAUCAUUGUUACAACAACAACAAAAGGAAGAAGAAGAAAAAGAAAAAGGAGCAACAGAAUUAUUACAAUCAUCUAUAGAAAGUUGUUCUUAUUACAAUUCUUGGAUAACUAAUAACAGUGAGUAUUGGAUUCAAGAUAUAAAUAAUAUUCCUAUUGUAACGACAUCACUAGAGUUACAACAACAACAGCAGCAGCAACAGCUAUCAUUAUUUGAUUAUACCAAUAGUGCUGCUGUAAAUCUUAAUGACAAGCUUUAAUAUAUGCG